CCUCUCCCCCCCUUCCAGCUCGGUCAUGUGUGGCACCCUGCACUGCGUUCCCCGUGACACCUCGCGCUCGGGCCUCCCUUGGUACCACUUGAACUACACGAGGGAGGUGGACUCGACCUUCUGCUCCUUCGUCAUUAGCUCAGAGGAGUACCCGAGCUCGGAUUGGCUCUCUCCGGACGGAGCCAAGUGCGCGGAGGGAAAGAUGUGUGUCAAUCAGAGGUGUGUCGCCGUGCCCGCCGCCGACGGAACGAGGCAAUGCCCGGGCAAUUGCUCCGGACACGGCGUCUGCAACAACAAGAACAAAUGCCACUGCGACCCCGGCUUCUCCCCCCCCGACUGCGCCAAGCCGGGCAUGGGGGGGUCUGAGGACAGCGGGCCGGCCUCGAGAGCGAACAAAGAUGGAAGUACCGCCGCUCUGGUGCUGUGCGUGUUGUUCGUCUUGCUGCUGACCCUGGCUGCGGCUCUGUUCUGCGCUUGGGGGAGACUCCGGCGCUGCUGGGAGAAGAAAGGUCGCGAGAAAGUGUCCGCCAUUGCCCCCCGCUGCGCCUCCUGCAUCGACACCUGCUGCUGCCCCAUCGUGUCCAAGAUCACCCACUGGAUGGUCACCGUCGGCCCCCUCGGGAAGAGGCCACGGACCUCUCGGAAGGAAAUCCACACCGUCGACAUCUCGGCGGCCACGGAGAACGGAAGGACGAUCUGCCAGGUCGACCUAGACUUCGAGGGUCGGCAGCGCUCGAGGACGAACUCGUGGGGAGUCGCGAACGAGCGGUUGGUCACCGAGAUCGUCACGCUCGAACCAAAAAAUUCGCCGGAGCUGCACCGGAAGGUCCAGCUACCCUCGGACUCCUCAAGCCUCAAGUCGGUGGAUUCCUUGAAGCGUCCGAAGUACAUGCAGUCUGUGUCUGUGGACUCGGGCUGCGUGCUGGACGCGGACGAGAACAGUCUCAAAGAUUCUCAAUCUUCGAAUGUCUCCAUGAGGAGUUUAGUAAGCCUGUUUAGCAAGUUCGGCACAAGGGGACAAGGUGCCGAUCCGGACAAGGGAAACAGAAGGUCCGCCACCAUGGGGGAGGAAAAGGCCAUGCCCUUGAGUCGCAUCGUUGUGGAUCCUUACAUCAACAAUCGGCGAUCGAGGCACGGGACACCCCCGCCCAUCCCCACGCAACCGCCCGUGGCCCUGCGGCCAGCCUACGGCCGUUCCAUCUCAACGGACGUCCCUGCUGCUCGAGGACGACCUGCGCAGCCUCCCCCGAUGCCUCCAUCCACAACGAAGCCCAUUCGAACCUGCGAGAACACUCCCGACGCCUCCUUGAAGCUGGCGUCGAAUCCCUUCAUCCAGUCCGAGAAGCAGAAGAGGAGGACGAGCAGUUCGAGUUCGUGCGACAGCGUCCAGUCGAAUGGGCGCGGCCGGCCCAUCGCCCUGACUGCGAGCAGCCAAGACAACGAUAAGAAACCACCAAUGAAGCCACUUGGACUUCCGCGACCGACCUCACGAACGUCUCCUGCCCGAGAGCCUCCCUCUCUACCUCCGCUCACAGAAACCUCAGAGGCGAACGCAAAGAAGCCUUUCCGACCGAGCCAGCAGGCGAUCCCUUCCGCUUCUGCUGCGAGGCCGCCCCUCCACUCAGCAGGCAGGGGAGCGGCAAGGACACACGGUGCAAAGCCAGUGCCAGGAAAGCUAGGCAAAGCUGAUUCUCAAAACACUGCCAAGAACAAAAAGAUAAUGGAUCUCGCUCGGAAGUUCGAACAGCAAUGAUAUCGUCUACAUUUUUUCUUGUGUUGAAUUUUAAGUGCCUUAGACGUUUUUCAUAUAUUUAUUUGUCCACUAUUUAUUUAUUCUGAAGCUCACAGAAACACAAAGCUGCAAACCACCGGUGACUUUUUUCACACGGAAAGCUAUUCAUGAAAAAUGCCGCAAAUGAUGAACUUUGACAUGCAAAUAUAAGGUGUACAACAUUCCUUUUUCACUAGGAAUCUCUUGCCAAGACAUUACUAGUCAUGACACGUACAUGGUCAGUAUAGUAAGAAUAUAAAUACGUUAGAAAUAGAAAAAGUUUCUGUGAUA